AUGGCCGCGCCAGUCGCUGAUUCCUCCUCGGGAGAUUCCGGCCGGCCGCCGCUGCAUAUGGCGGCGCUGGUGUUGGCUCGCGGCGGCAGCAAAGGAAUCCCGCUGAAGAACAUUAAGCUCCUGGCCGGGGUCCCGCUGAUUGGUUGGGUGCUGAGGGCAGCCCUCGACUCCGGCGUCUUUCAGAGGUGUGCGCAUGCGCGAAUACCAUUUUCCUUUUUUCCCUCUCUCUCUCCCCCCCCUCGCUUCACCCACCCAAGGAGUGAGAGUUCUUUUGUCUCCAGGCGAGACUUUGGGGUUAUUUUGAGACUCUCUGUAGAUUGGACAGAGGAGUUGGGGGGGGGGAGGGAAUGCAAUGCAAUGGCGCCUUUUUCUUUUUCAAAUUUCAAAGCAAGGCUUUUUAGCUUAAUUUAUAUAUAGCCCGGGCUUGCUGUGGUUUUUUGUGGUUUUUUCAUUUUUUAAAAAAUGACUCUUGUGUGUGUUAAUUUAUUUCACAAAAUUUAUAUUUCGCUUAAUUGUAAAGUGGAGGGAAACCACAAAGCAGCUUACAGAAUGAAUGAAACAGUUGUUCUUUUUUUGUAAUUAAACAAUGACAGCGUAAAAACUACAAAUGUGUCAUUGUGUCUGAAGAUUUACUCCACUACUUACUGGUUUGCCCAGUCUAGAAGGACUUAAGAGCAGCCGUAUUCAGACACUUAAAUCCCCCACUUGGGAGAUUGAUUAGGUCUUUGAUUAACUUUUUAUUAAGGGACAGUUCCUUCUACACCUCUGGAAAAGUGGCCUGUUCUGUGGCAGUUUGAAGGAGAAAGGUUUUGUGGGGACGAUCUGAUUCUUCAGGGGAGCAGAAUGUGCCAGUUUGUCUGCUUCAAAUAAUUAUUUUAACUGUGCAAUGUGUUUUAUUCUGUUUUGUGUACUUUAUCUUUUGCAGUGGCUUCAGCCACACAAAUGAUAUUUAUUUUAAAAUAAAAUAAAAGUCCAGCAAUUUGAUAGAUAGAUCUAAAACAACACAAACAUUUCAGAACAGUACCCCAUACAUAUAAAAACAGUCAAAAGUUGUUCCAUAAAGGCACACCUUUGGGUAGAUGCCCGAAUGACUAUAGGUAGGGGUUGGGUGGGGAUUCUCUCCAGAACUGGUAUAACUGCUUCUGGAGCAUAGUGGUGUGAAAAGUUGACACGGAGUGACAAGGACUUCAUUGAGUCAGCUGUGCUUGAAGGCCUGCUUGCCUUUUGUUUCCUUUAUCCAUGUCACAGUUGAAGGACUGUGAUUGUCAUGUUCCCAGGGCUCUUUGGAGGGGGUUGGUCUAGAUGACCCUCAGGGUCCCUUCCAACUCAACAAUUCUGUGAUUUUUUUUCUGGCGAUAGACUCUUGGACAUGAAUGUUGCCUUGCUUUUAUGCAGCGUUGCCCACUGCACCUUCCUCUCUCCUUUCUUCCUUUCCAGCUGAAAACAAUAAACAAAUAAUUUAUUUUUUUUUAAAAAUGCAUAGGAUCAGUCUGUCUUAUCUGUUGCAUUUAACAACUCAUUUUUUUGAUACUGAAGUCGGCGUCCCAUGAGUCUUCCAUUCUGCCCUCUUGGAUAUUAUUCCCACACAUGAGAUACCAAAUCACUUGGCUAUUUACAGGCCUGCCACUAAGGCUGAGAAAUGGAGAACCUGUGGCCCUCCAGAUGUUGUUGGGCUCCAACUCCCGUCAGCCUGGCCAGCCAUCACAGAUUGAUGGGGGCAGUGGUCCCGACGGCAUUCAGAAGGCUGUAGAUUCCUCAUCCCUGUCCUAGGUAAGCAGCCUCAGGCCAGUAUACCUGAAGGAGCAUCUCCACCCCCAUUGUUCUGCCUGGACACUGAGAUCCAGUGCUGAGGGUCUUCUGGCGGUUUCCUCACUGCGAGAAGCCAAGUUACAGGGAACCAGGCAUAGGGCCUUCUCGGUAGUGGCCCCUGCCCUGUGGAACGCCCUCCCGUCAGAUGUCAAAGAGAAAAACAACCACCAGACUUUUAGAAGACCUUUGAAGGCAGCCCUGUUUAGGGAAGCUGUUAAUGUUUAAUAGACAAUUGUGUUUUAAUACUUUGUUGGAAGCCGCCCAGGGUGGGUGGGGAGACCCACCCAGAAGGGCGCGGUAUAAAUAAUAAAUUACUAUUAUUAUUAUUAUUAUUAUUAUUAAUUGGUACAAAGGAAGAUGUGAACAUCAUGCAGCUGCAUUAAAUGUCCUAUGUUUGCAAGGUUUUCCUUUCUUGUGACUGCCGUUCUCAGUGGCUUGUAGGGAAAUAGCUUUGAUCCUUCUUGUCUGUCUGGGCAAUAACUUGUUGCUGCUGCCUUCUGCCUGCCGAUAGCGUGUGGGUUUCCACAGACCACGACGAAAUCGAGAAAGUGGCCAAGCAGUUUGGGGCAAAAGUCCACCGGAGAAGCUCGGAAGUGUCGAAAGACUCCUCUACCUCCCUAGAUGCCAUCGUGGAGUUCCUCCAGUAUCACCAUGGUAUGGCGUCCACCUUUGUUUUAAAAAGUAUCUAUAUUUUUAUAUCCCCUCCGCCUUUCUCAAGGCAUCUUAAACGUUGAAAACAAAUAAUAAAUCAAAUCACCAUCUUUCAAAUUUAGGCAAGAGGCAAAAUAAGGCAAUUCACAUUGCAGUGACGUGCACCAGAAAAAAAAUUUGAGUUUGCAUUGGAAAUUGUUCUGAUUCAGCAUGUUUAUUUUACCUGCAUUUAGUAAACAAAGCUAAACACUUUGAAACUGUGAAGGAUGCCUAAUAAUUGCAUUUGCAGCUAGCGUGCAGUCAUUGUUUCUAAAUAAUUUUAUGAAAUGGGGGGGGGAAUUGACACACACACACACACACACCCCAUCAGCUUGCUAUUUCAUGACUUUCAGUUCAGCCUUGUAAACAAGUCUGCAAAAGUUACUAGCUUGUUUUUGGUUUGUUUGCUUUUAAUAAAGUAGCCUGCUGGGGACCAGCAAAGAAUGGAGCCCUGCCCCUCUGGCUCACCUGCGUGGAAUUUCAUGUUGCCAGUGGUUACCAGGCUACUGGCUAAAUUCAGAUUUGGUCCUGCUAAAGAUAAUAGCCUGCUCAUGUUUUGGAUUUCCUCUUAUGUCUCCGCCUGAACUUUUUUUUAUGUGGUGCUGGAAAUGCUAUUGAUGCAUUGUGAGUAAUAUUGCACAUUGUUACCUAAACACUGUGAUAUUCAUCUCCUCUGUGUCAUUCUCUUCUCCUUUCCCCUCCCCACUUCAGAGGUUGAUGUCAUAGGAAAUAUCCAAGCAACUUCCCCUUGUUUACAUCCCACUGAUCUUACCAGGGUGGCCAAAAUGAUCCAGGAGGAUGGCUUUGAUUCCGUGUUCUCCGUCGUCAGGCGGCAUCAGUUUCGGUGGAGCGAAAUAAAAAAAGGAGGUGAGCGGUAUUGCUUCUCAUAAAAGCAUUCAAGCAAAUAUAAAUUAUUAUCAUUUUCAUCAUUAUUACAUGUGCAUAAGUGCCAUACAUAGCACAAUGCAGUCCUCAUGUCACACACCCAAACCUCCUACCUUCCUACCAUUCCAGAAUCCCACAUACACAUUUUUCCCUCCGUCUAUCCCUAUUAGACUGAUACUCGAUCUUUAAUUCUAGGUAUUCAUUGGUCAUUUUGAGUGGUUGCAGUUCAGAUUGGGUGGUUAGGCUCGCGUUAAGCGCUUCAUUUGCCAUUUGCAUUAUAUCGGCUCUGCGAUCAGAUACUAUCUCAACUUUAGCUUCAAGUGGCUGCAGAGCAGCAGUCCAGCCAUUUGCUAGAGCCUGUCUUAUUUUGGCAGUGAGUUGCUUUGAAUCCCUCUCCUCCUUUGGGGCCAUUGGAGGUUUUUACGCCCUUUUGCCUGGAAACGCCAGGUGCCAUGUCUUCCACACCAGCUUUGUCCGACAGCUCUGAGUAAUCAACCUUUAGAGCAUCCUAGAGAUCCUAGGAUCAUAGAAUUGUAGAGUCGAAAGGAACACCAAGCUCCAUCUAGUCCAGCCCCCCUCAAGCCUUGUUAAUUUGCUUUUGGAACUGCCAGGUUAGAUUUGAUUUAAGUCAAAUCGAUUUCAAUCACUAGUCAGUAAGACUUGAUUUCAAUCACUAGUCAGUAAGACUUGAUUUAAAUCAUUUUUUUACAGAAAGACUCAUUCUUGCUGGUAUAAUCUUAAUAUUUACAACCAGAUGAAGGUUUCAUUUUUGGAAUAAUAAAUUUUCAGAGUAGUUUUUGCAGUUAUAUAAAAAAUUACUGAUAUUGGUUAUACUAUUAGAAACACAUUGUCAGAUAAUUAUGAGGUUAUUGUGAGGUUUAAUAAGUUAACUGUUUAUAUUUGGACAACUUUCCUGCUGUACUUUAUUGGAAAGAGACAAUUUAUUUAAAUAAAACAAUAACAUUAUAGCAUAUGUAUCCAUGUUUGUUAACUGAUGUGGUUAAAUGGUUUUAAAAAAACAAAAACCUUAGACUGAGUUUUAGCACACAUGAAAAACUUAAAACAAAUCCUUAUUUCCUGAUGAAUAGCCUUUGGACUAUAAUGUAACUUAAAUAGAAAACUAUCUUUAAAAAGAUUUUUCCUCCAAAAGCAUUUUAUUUUAAAAAUCUGAUUUAAAUUUUUUUUAAAAAAAUCAAUUUUAUUUAUUCAUUCAUUUUAAUAAUUGAUUUUUAUCCACCCUGGAGACUGUGAAAGCCCCACAGGGAGAGGUCUCAGAGAGGUGAGAAACAGCAUCAUUGCAUGCAUUAAUCCCGAGGGUAUAGUGUAUAAUAGACGAGGGUAGCAGAGAUUCAAAAUCGAGCUGCCAUUGGACUUCUUCUUUUGCCUCUCGUCUCUCUCCCCGCCCCCCCCCGCCCCCCGCUUUUAUCAGUAAGUGAAGUGACCGUACCUCAAAAUCUGAAUCCGGCCAAGCGCCCCCGCCGGCAGGACUGGGACGGAGAGCUCUAUGAAAACGGGUCUUUCUACUUUGCCAAAAGGCCCCUGAUCGAAAAGGGGUAUUUGCAGGUUGGUGCAGGUGUUGAGCUGGGAAUUUCGUCCUUCCCAUCUUAACAGUUUUUUUUCUUCUUCUUCUUUUUUUGAAAUCGUGUUCUAAGGUGAGCUUGAGACUCCUGUCUCCCAGGUCUCAGUCCAACGCUCUUAACACUAUACAACACUUAUUUCAAUGCAGAUCCCUUCAUUGCUCUUUAAACGCCUACAUUAUGGGAAGGAAUCCUGGCUGGCUGGCUGGGUGCGUGUCUUCUCUCCUGUGCCAUUUCCCCACAAAAAAUCCCCCUUCAAAGCUGUCAUUUGCCCCAAAGGUGCCACUGAGAGCCCCUGUGGUGUAAUACUUAGAGUGUUGGACUGAGCCCUGGGAAACCAGGAUUCUCGUCCCAACUCAGCAAUGAAGCUCACUGGGUGACCUUAGGCCGUUUCUCAACCUAACCCACCUCACAGGGUUGUCGUGAGGAUAAAAUGGGGAGAAAGGGGAUCAAUGUAAUAAACAAAUAUGUUGCAAUGGCACCUUCUGGGCAAACACCAGCCUUUUUUGCUGGCUGUGGGGGGGAUUUGGCAGGAAAAUUGAAAGGGGAGAAGGUUUAGAACUUUCUGCCUGGGUUGUGGUUCCCCAGCAAGGUAACUGUUUGAAAGCAGUGCUUAUCUGAGAUUUUAAUGAUACCACAUCCAGUAAUCUGGCUGCUGCAUUUUGGACCUGAAUUGACACUUCCUAGCCGUCUCCCAAGGGCAGCCCCACGUGGAGCACAUUGCGGUGGUCCAGUCUGGGCUGGCUCAUGGAGUGCAGUGUACAAGAUAUAAACCUUGUCAAGUCAAAAUAAAUAAGUGGAAAGGUGUAGGAGGAGGCUCCAGUGUAGCGCAAGACCAGAGAGACUUUAGUUUGCAUUCACACCUGGCUAAGAAAGCUACCAGUUUGCCUUGCUUAGGCGCUUAAGCUCAGGUCUCCUUGAGACCCUUCCAGGAAGCAUUAAGUGGCGGACUUCCUUCCUUCCUUCCUUCUGUGUUGGGAAUGCCCUCUUCUGCUGGAGAAAGGGUUGGGUCAAGGCCCCUGCUGCUCUCCAGGUGGUUGCAUGUGCCCCAGAGGUCAUUUGACAUGAAAUACCACAUGCUGGCAUAUUCUGCCCCUUCCUCCCUCUCUGCUUCAGCCAAACUGACUGGCGUGUUCUUUUAAUUUUGCUUAGGGUGGGAAAAUGGCUUAUUACGAAAUGCGCGCCGAGCAUAGCGUGGAUAUAGAUGUUGACAUUGACUGGCCCAUUGCAGAGCAAAGAGUCCUGCGGUAAUAUAUGUGUAUAUUUCAUUUAUUUGGCGCCUCCACAGUUUGCUCCAAUUUGUAUUACAUGUGUCUGUUUUAAGGUAAAGGUAAAGGGACCCCUGACCAUUAGGUCCAGUCGGGACAGACUCUGGGGUUGCGGCGGUCAUCUCGCUUUAUUGGCCGAGGGAGCCAGCGUACAGCUUCCAGGUCAUGUGGCCAGCAUGACUAAGCCGCUUCUGGCCAACCAGAGCAGCUCAUGGAAAUGCCAUUUACCUUGCCGCCAGAGCGGUACCUAUUUAUCUACUUGCACUUUGACAUGCUUUCGAACUUCUAGGUUGGCAGGAGCUGGGAGAGAGCAACGGGAGCUCACCCCGUCGCAGGGAUUUGAACCGCUGACCUUCUGAUCGGCAAGUCCUAGGCUCUGUGGUUUAACCCACAUAUAAUUUUAGUGUUCACAUUAUGCUGUUCACCGUCAUAUGGCAGUCUUUUGCUUAAUGCUGAUGGUAUAGAAAUUUUUACCCUUUGCCUUGUGGGGCAGCAACGGGAGAAGAAAGGGCUGAGGAGGAAACCCUAGGUCAGACCUCACCUGGAGUACUGUGUCCAGUUCUGGGCACCACAGUUCAAGAAGGACACUGACAAACUGGAAUGUGUCCAGAGGAGGGCAACCAAAAUGGUCAAAGGCCUGGAAACGAUGCCUUAUGAGGAACGGCUAAGGGAGCUGGGCAUGUUUAGCCUGGAGAAGAGAAGGUUAAGGGGUGAUAUGAUAGCCAUGUUCAAAUAUAUAAAAGGAUGUCACAUAGAGGAGGGAGAAAGGUUGUUUUCUGCUGCUCCAGAGAAGCGGACACGGAGCAAUGGAUCCAAACUACAAGAAAGAAGAUUCCACCUAAACAUUAGGAAGAACUUCCUGACAGUAAGAGCUGUUUGACAGUGGAAUUUGCUGCCAAGGAGUGUGGUGGAGUCUCCUUCUUUGGAGGUCUUGAAGCAGAGGCUUGACAACCAUAUGUCAGGAGUGCUCUGAUGGUGUUUCCUGCUUGGCAGGGGGUUGGACUCGAUGGCCCUUGUGGUCUAUUCCAACUCUAUGAUUCUAGUACACAAAUCCAGACUGGUGUCCCUAAGACUGUUGGAUGGUGCCUUGUACGCCUCCUUCCAGCAACUCCUGCAGCCAAGCUGGUGUCAAAUGUAUUGCUCUGUUUUCCUUUGGACCACAUCAGCAAGGCUGGGGGGCGGGAUCUUGUUGUCUGGGCAGCCCAGGACCGCAACACACACUGUCCAGGCUCCAGGAGAGGUCACUUUGGUGCUGCUAAGGCAACUUACCAGUUUCUGCAGCCACAGCAGGCGCUGUGAUUCUCCAGCACUUUGACUUCACCCCUAGAUGUGCACUCCAUUGUCUCUCGAGACAUACGGAUGCCCACAACAAAAAUGAAUUUUUUGCAAAUGAAUAAUGUCUUAUGAAUUUUUAAAUUGAAGAGUGCUAUAAAAACAUAAAUAAAAUUUAAAAAACGGCCUCGGUCCUGUAUACCUGAAGGAGCGUCUCCACCCCCACUGAGAUCCAGCACCGAGGGCCUUCUGGCGGUUCCCUCAUUGCGAGAAGUGAGGUUACAGGGAACCAAACAGAGGGCCUUCUCGGUAGUGGCACCCACCCUGUGGAACACCCUCCCUUCAGAUGUCAAAGAGAGAAACAACUACCUGACAUUCAGAAGAAAUCUUAAGGCAGCCCUGUUCAGGGACGUUUUUAAUGUGUGACAUUUUAGUGUAUUUUUGGUCUCUGUGGAAGCCGCCCAGAGUGGCUGGGGAAACCCAGCCAGAUGGGCGGGGUACAAAUAAUAAAUUAUUAUUAUUAUUAUUAUUAUUGUAAGGAAUACAUACCUAAAAUGUCCGGCCACACUGUGGCCCAGUUUUCAUUGAGGUUGAAAAUCUGUGCCUGGGCUAUACCACUCCAUCCUGCGAUUGGGGAUUCACACAAUCAAAUACAUCCUGUAUGCAAAAAUGCCCUCUUCAAAGGGGAAAAAAAAAAAUCAGGUAGAAGGUGUGGCGAUCACACAGGGUCCCCGGACGUUUCACCGUCUAUUGAUCCCUGUGCCACUACUUUAUUUCUCGCUGCCACCACCCAGGCCCUACCUGGUACAAUACUGAGUCCAGUCAGGGUUAAAUUGAAACAAAAACUUUUGUUUAUUUAUUGCAGUUUAACAAGCAUGUGGUUUCAUAAACUAUCAGUCAAUUACAUUCAUGGGGUGCCUAUCCAGUCCUAUAACUUUCGCUACCUGCUCUCACUCACUAAACCACCUCUCUGAUAUUUACUUGUCUGCCUAGCCCCUAACUGUUCCUGACUCAGCCUAUUUCAUUACACUAACUCAACCUACCCACAACUCUAUCCCAAUUAACUCUCCCCUUUGCCCCUCCCAGAGCUGGUUUUAUAGUCCCACUGACUCCACCCCCCUGGGUCCUGAUUGGGCAGCCUGUUUAACUAUUUCACCUCCAGAACUCUCUCAUCUGUUAACGUCACAGAAGGCUAGCCCAGCUUCCUUUAUUCCUGACACCUGCUUGUUCAGGGAAUCAUAUUAGAGGAAAAAUAUAUCAGGUGGUUUAAAGACUCUCUCAAGGCAAAUCUAAAAAAAUGUAGUAUAAACACCAGCAACUGGGAAACACUGGCCUGCAAGCUCUCCAAUCGGAGAACAGCCUUUACCAAAGGUGUCAUGGACUUCGAAAACGCUCGAACUCAGGACAAAAGGGAGAAACGUGCUAAGAGGAAGGCACACUUGGCAGACCCUCACCAUGAUCAGCUUCUGCCCAGAAACCAAUGUCCCCACUGUGGAAGGACAUGUGGGUCCAGAAUUGGCCUCCACAGUCACUUACAGACUCACUGUUAAAACCGUGUUUAUGGAAAACAAUCUUACUUGGCUAUGAGUGAUCGCCAGAGAAGACAGAAGUGGUGCAGCCCAGAGGCAGGUUUGCAACCUCAGUGAGAAUGAAGUUCCUAUUGUCUUAUUUGUUUCCCUUUUCCCCAGUCAUGUGAGAUUGCAUAGCAGAGGCAAAUGUCACACACAAACACACAGACGCCACCCCCUUACUUAUGAUUGCCACAUCCAUCUUUCCAGGUACGGCUACUUCGGUAAAGAGGCCUUGAAAGAGGUGAAGCUGCUGGUUUGUACCAUUGAUGGAUGCCUCACCACGGGCCACAUCUACGUCUCGGGAGAUGAGAAGGAGAUUCUUUCCUAUGACGUCAGGGAUGCGACUGGAAUCUGCCUGCUUCAGAAAAGAGGUGUCGAGGUGUGUCUUCGCUUCUUUCAGCUGUCUUGCGGCUGAUUCACCCGUCAGGGUUGCCAGGAGGAACUUGCCUUUUCUUGUAAGGAAAGCAAGUUUCUAGAUCUCAGCGUUUCAGGGAGAAAACCUCAAAACCAUAUGGCUCAGUGUGGUUGGGACUUUAGAAGAGGCUUAGUGGGGCUUUGUUGCCCUGAUUAAAUGCGGCCAUUUCUCCCAUCUCCCGCUAAACUCAGGAACUGCACGUAUGAGUUCACAAAAAGAAAACAUCCCAAAUUGCUGCAAUAAGAUUUGUUCCAGCAAGAUUUCAUCGUGUUAUUUUUACAGGAGCUUUUCACGUUGCAAAACUAUUGUGUAAAGCUCCUGUAAAAAUAACAAGAUAAAAUUCACUCCCCCAGAAAACAGUGGUACCAACCAACCCAGGUGACUUUUUUUUCCUUUUUUUUUUUUUUUGUAUGUUUCUAUUAUUAUUAUUUUGUGGAAAUAAUUUUUAUUUGAUUUUACAAGUACAGAGUUAUAACAAUACAAAAUACAUACCCAUAACAAUACAAAAUACAUACCCAGAGAUUUCUUUGAAUCUCUAGACUUCCCACCUUUCCCCUCCAUGGGCCCUAUUAUAAACCUUUUCAACUGCAUAUUAUUUCAUCAUCCAAACUUGAUGUCUUUUCCUUUUCAUCCACAGUACAGUGGUACUGCAGGUUAAGUACGGAGGUCCGUUCUUAACCUGAAACUGUUCUUAACCUGAAGCACCACUUUAGCUAAUGGGGCCUCCUGCUGCCACUGUACCGCCGGAGCACGAUUUCUGUUCUCAUCCUGAAGCAAACUUCUUAGCCUGAAGCACUAUUUCUGGGUUAGCGGAGUCUGUAACCUGAAGCGUAUGUAACCCGAGGUACCACUGUAUAUUCUACAUUAGAAGUGUUAUAGUGUUUUCAUCUGCUUAUAGUGGUUUCUCCAGUAAAUUAUAAAUUUUCCCCAUUCUUUUUUGAAGUUUUGGUCUUCUUGGUUCCUGAGCUUUCCAGUCAGUUUUACCAUUUCAUCGUAGUCCAUCAGCUUAUUUUGCCAUUCUUCUCUGGUAGGGACUUUGUCUUUCCAUCUCUUAACCCAGAUGACUUUCAAAGAGGAGCAGACUAUUGGUGGCCGCUAGCCGUGCUGGAAACUAUGCUCUGUGAGAGGCCUGCAAGAGGAGAUGAACUCCUCUUCUGGCCUCUAACAUGCUCUGCCUCCACAAUUGAAGGCAGCCAUGGUUCUGAAUACCAGUUGCUGGAAGUUGCUCAGGACAGGAUAGUACUAUAUAAUUAUUAUUAUUAUUAUUAUUAUUAUUAUUAUUAUUUAUUUAUACCCCGCCCUUCCGGCUGGGUCCCCCCAGCCACUCUGGGCGGCUGCCAACAAAAGACUAAAAUACAAUAACCUAUUAAACAUUAAAAGCUUCCCUAAACACGGCUGCCUUUAGAUGUCUUCUAAAAGUCUGGUAGUUGUUUAUUUCUUUGACAUCUGGCGGAAGGGCAUUUCACAGGGCGGACGCCACUACCGAGAAGGCCCUCUGCCUGGUUCCCUGUAACUUGGCUUCUCGCAGCGAGGAAACCGCCAGAAGGCCCUCGGCACUGGACCUCAGUGUCCGGGCAGAAGGAUGGAGGUUCACGUCCCCUUGCUCACAUCCCCCUUGCAGGCUUCCUACAGACACCUGGUCAGCCACUGUGAGAACAGGAUGCUGGACUGGGUGGGCCAUUGGCCUGAUCCUGCAGGCUCCUCUUGUGUCCAUAGGUGCGGCUGAUCUCCGAGAGGGACUGCUCAUCGAAGACUCUUUCUGCCAUGAAGUUGGGCUGUGCUGCGGAAGUCAACGUGGCUGACAAGCUGCUGGUCGUAGAGAAAUGGAGGAAGGAAAUGGGGCUUUGCUGGAAGGAAGUGGCCUAUUUAGGUGAGGCUUGAUCUCCACCUGAAAAUACAGCUUUGUGCUGUAUGUCAGAGAUGGGGAGCCUGUGGACUACAACUCCCAUCAUCCCUGGCCAUUAGCUGCGCUGGCUGGAGCUGCUGGGAGCUGGAGUCCAUCAACAACUGGAGAGCCCAACCCACAAGCAUGUGGGAUGGAAGGGCGCCAAAUUUUGGCCUUACCUCCAGCACAAACAACAAGGCAGUGGUGCAGCCCGCGGGUUCCAUGCCAAGGUUGGUCUGCCCUGAUCUAAAGUAUCUAUGACAGCUCUAGUCGAAGUUUGCAUUUAAGGGUUUGGGGGUUUUUUUAUGUGUUUGGUCUAAUCUAGGGAUGAUCUAGGGUCUAAUCUUUGACCUUCCACACACUGUUGAACUACUGUUGAACUACAGCUCCCAUCAGAUUUGUAGUCCAACAACAUCUUGAAGGCCACAGAUUGGCCACCCUAGAGAAUCUCAUCUUCUUCUUCUUCUUCUUUUAUUUUUAAAGAAUAUUUAUUCCAAUUUUAAGAUUACAACAAAAAAGAAAAGAAAAAAAACAUACAAAAAAGAAUAAAACAUGUUACAAAAAACAGACAAUAAAAAAAAACUCAACAAAAGAUAAAAAUACAUUAUAAUAAGGUAUAACAAAAAUCAAAUUAAACCUUUACAACCUUUUUCCCUUUUACUUGUUUCCAUGACUUCCUCUCACCUCCCCGCUUUGUAUUCUAGUUUAGAUCGUAUUUACAGCAAAUCCUUCUAACCUUCUUUUCAUUUACUUAUUUUAACAUUCAAUAACAUUCAAUAGAGAAUCUCAUCUUCUCCUGAAGAAUACAAGCAAAAUUAUGACGCUUACCAAGCAAAGGCUCCUGUUCCCAAUGUGCUAGGAAGUUCUCCUGCUCAGGUGUGAUUCCUUCAGUGCAGGUGAUUGGAUUAGAUGACCCCUGGGGGGGUUCCCUGUUCCGUUGAGCGUCCGUUUAGGCUGCGAACAGCGGGACUGUUGUGGUGUCCAGUCCGCUUCCACUGUGCCAACCUGCUUUUCCCAGCUACCAGCAGAGUAUCUUGCGCAACGGUGUGCCUGUGUGGAAGGAAUCUCAGCCAUGCCGUAAAACUAUCGUACAACAGCUUCUCUAUUCUACGAAGCUUUAUUGUACAGCAGCAAAAAUAAACAGUUCGGCCAGGAGAGAGCGAAGGCGUGAUGCUUCUCCUGUCGCAGCAAAACAGAAAGUAAGACGUUCACAUAACAAAGAUGCGAACACACCCCCAGUGACAGGACAUAACAUCCCAUGAGCUGUUAACCCUAUAAGCUCUGGGUAUCCUCACAGUCCCUUCCAACUCUCCAAUCCUAUGAGCCUAUGAAACCUUAGGUUUUGUGGUGUACUGUUGCAAGCACCUUCAUUGCCUUGGGAAUGAAACACUGAAGCUUCGAUGAAUGGAUGCUUGGGAUCAACAGUCUUCUACUAGCGGUGGGCUUUUGUUGUUAUGGUCCUGAUCGAAUAUGUGUCUCUGUCGCUGCAGGAAAUGAGGAAUCGGAUGUGGAGUGCCUGAAGAAAGCUGGCAUGAGCGCAGUCCCCGCUGACGGCUGCCCUGCUGCCCAGAAAGCCACCGGCUACAUCUGCAAAUGCAACGGUGGCCGCGGCGCGAUCCGGGAGUUUGCAGAGCACAUAUUCCUCCUAAUGGAAAAGGUGAAUUCAGCUGGAAAGAAGCUCUGCUGA